GUAUUCGAGCUUACAUUCAUUCGUUUGGUGAACACUGGCAAGGUGAAGACAACCUGCACAAAGGAUAAGUAACAUGGGGUCAUAUUAUUAUAAAAGUGGACUUUUCACAAUCAUGCUCGCCGCAGUUUUCGUCGAUGAAACUUUGGCGAAAAAGAUAAAGUACGAACCAGCUCUAACCCAAAUACUGGGAGUUGAUUCGGACAUUGGCAUAUUUGCUCCAAUCACGUGUGUAGACGAGAACCCAUUUCCAGAUCCUUCUGACACAACUGGACAGUUUUAUUAUCAGUGCUUUUGGGUUGAAGAUCCUGUUAGUCCGACUUGGAUUCUAAAGCGUCAGCAAUGUCCAUCAAAUGGGUUUUUCGAUCCGCCAACCUUUUCUUGUGUAGAAGUAAGACCAACUACGGCACCUCCGACAAGCACAACGCCUAUUCCCACUACGGCUGCGACAACCACUACAGCUGCACCCACCACGCCUGCACCAUUCACGUGCAAAACGGAAGAAGGAACAUUCAAACAUGAAACGGAUUGUACAAAAUAUUAUAGGUGCGUCAUUAUUGCUGGCACAAUGAGAAAGUAUGAUAUGACUUGCCCAGCAAACAGUUACUUCGACGCGGCAAAAUUGCUCUGCGUCUCUGGAUCCUGUCCUGCAACUACAAUUGCAACCACAGCCCCAACUACGGGCUCAACUACGACGGCAACCACGGGCUCAACUGCGAAGGCAACUACAGGCCCAACUACAACCCCCGCCCCAUUCACGUGUACGGCUGAAGGGACUUAUCCGGACCCUGCCGGCUGCACGAAAUACGUGACCUGCCGCAUUAUUUCAGGGUCAAUGCGUACAUAUAACUACACUUGUCCGGCAGAGUCACAUUUUGAUGCAGCCAAAAGGAUGUGCGUGCUAGGGAAUUGUUGAGAGCUAUACAUAUGUAUGAGGCUUUGUCUUGGGCAAAUUUAGUGGAAUUUGAAUAAUAAAUAUUUAUGACUAUGUCA